CAGUAAUACGCUAAACAGCGUCUAACCUGUCGGAUACUUAGAAGACGAAGAAGAACAUAUGGCGGCCGGAAAUGACUGGGUGGGCUAUCAGAGAAGAAAUAGUUUUUCACCUGUGUCAAUAACUGUUAGAAUACGUAGUUAUUAACUAAAAGUUAGUGACUCGAAUAAGUUUAGAAGGUGGUUCAAAUUGUCAUGCAUGUUGUUGAAGUUUAAAAGACACUAUUUCCCGUUUGUUGCAAGACGUUUGCUACAAACGCCUCCUUCGCUGUCAACAGGAUUCAUCAUGGGAAAGAAGCUUCUCAUCGACGUGGACUGCGGGGUGGAUGAUGCUCAAGCCAUCAUGCUAGCGCUAGCGGCUCCCAACGUUGAGGUGCUCGGCAUCACUUGUGUCCAUGGAAACACCAACGUGGAAAAUGUGUGUAAAAACACCCUGCGAGUCCUGAAGGCCUGCCACAAACUGGAGAUUCCAGUAUUCAAAGGGGCCGAUAAGCCCAUCCUUGGGAAGGGCAUCAACGCGGGCCACUUCCAUGGCCUGGAUGGGCUGGGAGAUGUCCCGGACUCUGACGCUCCUGGUCUGGACCUGAUCCAGAAGGAAGGAGCGGUGUCUGCAAUGAUCCGACUGGUUGACAAGUACCCCGGAAAGAUUUCUCUGGUUGCCACAGCACCACUCACCAACCUGGCUCUUGCUGUGAGGCUGGAUCCAUCCUUCCCGAGCAAACUCAAGGGCCUCUUCAUUAUGGGAGGCAACACAGAAUCUCGAGGAAACACUACUGUGUGUGCAGAGUUUAACUUUGUAGCUGAUCCAGAAGCUGCCUUCAUUGUGCUGAACGAGUACCUGUGUCCAACUACCAUUGCCUGCUGGGAGUUCACCUGCCACAGCAAACUGAGCUGGGAAUUUUGCGACACUUGGCUGUCCCAAGACUCUGAGAAGGCCCGCUUCAUGAGGCAGAUCUUUGCCUACAGCAUGAAAGCGUCAGAGAGCGAGCGCCUGAAGAAGGAGUUUGUGGCCGGUACCGGCCUGGUCUCGUGCGACUCCUACGCAAUGGCCGCUGCCAUCGACGAAAACAUCAUCCUGGAGAACGACCUCUACCCCUUGACUGUGGAGCUAACGGGCACACACACCAGGGGAAUGAUGGUGAUGGACACAAUAGACAUUCUGAAGAAAACCCACAAGGUCAAGGUGAUGAAGAAGAUAAACCUGGACAGGUUCAUGGAGUUGAUGAUGGACUCAUUGAAAUAAGUCAUUCAGCUUUUUAUGUACUACCUCCUUUUGUCCUGACCGGACGGUGCAUAAUGGAAGUUAACCUGAAGACAAAUUUUGUUAAUCAGGGGAUAAUUCACUGGAAAUUGUCUUUUACUUUCUGUGCAAAUAUCUGUUAAACAUUUAAAUAUUUGAAAUAGUGCUGUCAAAAUGUAAAUGUUAAUCUUUGUAUUAAUUUCAAAAUUAAUAAUGUAAUGUAAAUGUAAUGUCAACUUAUUUGUAAAGCACAUUUAAAAAACAACAGUUGACAACGAUUCAUCAAUCGUUGUCAUCAACAACGAUAAAACAAAGAAGAAUAAAACAGUAACAAUCAUACAUUUGAGACGACGAUAAUAACAUUAACAAUAGUAAUAAUAAUAAUAAUGACCGUAAUAAUGAUAAUGUUGGCUAGAUAUAGCCGCAAUGCAAUAAAUCAAUGUACAAAAGACGAAAAAUUGAUAAAGAUGAGGUAAAAGAAAGGUUAUACUGAAUUAAAGGCAAUAGAAUAGAGAUGCGUUUUAAGCUUUGAUUUAAAAAAUAGCUACAGAGGGGGACAAUUGAAUAUGCAGUGGCAAGCUGUUCCAUAGAUUAGGGGCAACAGCAGCAAAUUCCCCAUUUCCUCUACAUUUGUGUUUAGUAUUGGGAACAGCCAGUAAGUGCAGGUCAGAGGAUCAGAGACUUUUUAUAGGAGUGUAUUUGACUAGUAGCCUAAGUCAGAUAACACGUUCAUCUUCUCUACCUGUGCAGCCAAAUUUAAUUACCACAUAACAAAUUAGUCUUUGAAAUAGUUUAUUGUUUAAAAGGAUCCCCAUUAGCUAUCACCAAGGUGGGACGAGAUAGUCUUCCUGGGGUCCACACAUAAAGACACAAAACAUAACAAUACAUAAGAUACAAAUCACAAUUCAGUUAACUGAUAAUCUAAAAGGAGUAAAUCAUUAUAAACAUCACCAAAAAAUUAUUCAGAUAAAGUUAUUACAUUCAUGGGUAUUAAAAACAUACGCAUUAAAACAUAUUUUCAACCUCACUUCGCAUUACAGCACUCACCGUAUUUUCUGCAGGAAAUGCACUAGGUAGUUGUACAUUGUUUUUCUUUAUUUUUCUGUUUUCUUCUUUAUCCUGUGUUCAUGUAGGCUAUUGUUGAUUAAACAUAAGACCCCCCCCCCCCCCUUGUUAUUAAAUGUCCUUCAUAAAUAAAUUUUUUUAGCAUUUUACAGACCGAUACAAUGGAUAGGGCGUAUAGUAAUCAGCGAGUGACGCUUAUUCCCGCUCUCCUUGCUUGACCGCGAUCUAGCAUCUAGGAUCGAUUGCUCUUCCUUGGGUCCCCCGACGUUAACGCUGAAUUGUGCAGCUGACUUGGGCACGUUGCAAAUAUUUAAGUUAAAUUUUUUAACGUUGAUUAGAUUUUUAAUUUUUUUUAACAUUGAAAAAUAUAGCUGAAAAGGAUUUGACAAAAAAAUCCAGAUACGUUAUAUCAAUGCAUGAAUAUUCAGUCCUUAGAAUUCAAUGGCUUUUUAUUUUCUAAAUCCGAUGGCACAGAUUUACUGCCAUAUUAAUUAAUGAAAAAAAUAAUGAUUGACAGCAAUAGUUUGAAUACAAUGGACCACUAAUUGCACAUUGCCAUUGUACUUGUUUGACUGAAGCCUAUCUUUACUAUAAUGUAUCAUGUAUGACAGCAGCCCAAUCGAAUGUGUAACAAAUGUCAAAUGUUCAAAUUUAUUUUCCAUACCACACAUAUAAUUAUAAUAAAAUAAAACAUUAACAUCAGGUGUACAUUGAUUUCUGU